GAGAAAUUACAGAGCUCUCACGGAUUUGGAUCUGGGAUUUUUGAGAAGGGAAGAGAGCUGGGUUUCUUUCUUGUCCUUCUUUGCUGAUGAGUUCUGAAAUCCGGAUGGAUCUUGGAAGCAUGGAGACGACUGAUGAGAACAAAGUUCCUUUCGUGAAAUCAAGAAACGCUCAAGGUGGGGGGAGAAAGUUUGGAAUGGAGAACAGGAACAGCAGGAGGGCACUGGGUGUGAUUAAUCAGAGUUUAGGAGCUCAUCCAUGCUCAUUUGUUGUUAAUAAAAGAGGAUUAUCAGGAGCUAAUAAUGGGGUCUGCAACAACAAAAAUCUCCCCAUUCCAGCGCAAAGACCCAUAACGAGAAAAUUUGCUGCCCAGAUUGCUAGCUCCCAGCAACAUAGUCAUGAGGAAACCAAGAAACCAAAAAUUGCAGUAGCAGCAGAAGAAGAAGAGUUGAGGGUAUGGGAGGAUGUGGAUUUACAAGAAGAGGGUAAAGACCAGCCUGUUCCCAUGGCUUUGGAGCAGACAGAAACACGCUCUAUUGAAAAGGCUUUCAUGGAGAUUGAGAUGGAGGAUAUGUUUGAGGAAACCAUAGUAGACAUUGACAGUGUUGACCAAAAGAACCAUCUUGCAGCUGCUGACUAUGUGGGUGACAUUUAUGCCUACUACAGAAAAGUUGAGAGUGGUAGCUGUGUUUCACCAGACUAUAUGGCUCAACAAUUUGACAUCAAUGAGAGAAUGAGAGCAAUCCUCAUUGAUUGGCUCAUUGAGGUGCACUACAAGUUUGAUCUUAGGGAAGAGACCUUGUUCCUGACAGUGAACCUAAUAGAUAGGUUCUUGGAGAAGCAGUGUGUGGUGAGGAAGAAGCUCCAGCUUGUUGGGCUUGUCGCCAUGUUGCUGGCCUGCAAGUACGAGGAAGUCUCUGUCCCUGUUGUAGAUGAUCUCAUCUUCAUCUCAGACAAGGCUUAUACCAGAAAAGAAGUCCUAGAAAUGGAGAGCCUGAUGCUGAACACCCUUCAGUUCAACAUGUCAGUCCCAACGCCGUACGUGUUCAUGAAGAGAUUCUUGAAAGCGGCCCAAUCAGACAGGAAGCUGGAGCUCAUGUCCUUCUUCUUGGUUGAGCUUUGCCUGGUGGAGUAUGAGAUGCUGAGAUUCCCUCCUUCUUUUCUGGCUGCCGCGGCGGUCUACUCUGCGCAGUGCACCCUCUACGGCGUCGCGCAGUGGAGCAAGACCUGCGAGUGGCACACGGGCUACACGGAGGACGAGCUCGCAGAGAGCUCAAGAGCUAUGGUGGGGUUCCAUGAGAGGGCUGAGGGAGGGAAGCUGACUGGAGUGUACAGGAAGUACAGCACUUCAAGAUUUGGGUAUGCUUCAAAAUGUGAGCCUGCAAAGUUUCUACUUGUUGUAUAGAAACAACAACAACAAUGAUGAUGAUGAUGAUGAUUUAGCAAAAACCAAACAGGGAAGAGAAGAAGAGAGGAGGGAACUCUAACUAAUAUACAUGUAUGGAUGAGGAUUGAGUUUGGGUGGGUGGGGGUAAAGUGGGAAUAAUGUGUUGGUUGUUUA